UAACUGCUUGAGGGAGCUCGAGGCCCCGUUGAUGGGCCCUAUAUAUCAGGGUAGCGAGCAGUCCAUACAGCCUGCUGCUUCCCUCAGAGGCUACCUAUCUGGCGCCCUGUAGCUUCCUCAUGGGAAAUCCUCGUCUCACACUUCUUCGCCCCAACCCGACUUUUGGAAAUCAACGUCCUUUUGCCUCCGUUAUUUUUAAAUCAUUAUCAUCACCGAACAUUCUAGUUUUGCCGCGCCAUGGGCAACGAAAUCUUUGGCCACAGCUUCACCAACUCUUCCGAUCCGAACUGGGUUCCAGAGCCGGGCACGCGAGGAACUUUCAGUAUUCUGUCCGUGUGUCUGGUCACUCUCGGCUUGUGUGUUUGGACGGCGAUACACUUGAAUGUGCCCGAGCACAAUGAACCCGGUUGGAAGCAGCUGUUGCGCAAGAUUGGGUGGUUGAUGCUUAGUUUGUUGAGUCCUGAAAUUAUUGCCUAUACGGCCUAUCAACAAUAUGUGCAGGCUAGGUCACUUGUCAACAUAAUGAAUAAGCACGACAGUGACUCGUCUUAUGGUUUGGACUUGCUUUUUGGCAGGGACUCGUUUUGCGAAAGCGAUUCACUCUGCCAUGAUGACUCGCCACCCCGCAGAAAGGGUAUCACGGACAUUAUGACGUGCUGGCUACCCUGUUUAUCACGACGCCGUGGAAAGGACGAGGAGGAUCCUCCUUCAACCACAGUUCACACUAUUGAAAAGUGGACCAUGGUACAUGGAUUCCUGGCGGCCAUGGGAGGCAUUGCGAUAGAGAUUGGGGAUAAUGAUCCUGAAGUCGAUGUUGCAGACAGAAUCGCAAACUUCCUCCCAGCCCAAAAUGUUACUAAAAUUCAAUGGGAACGCAAACGACUCAUCAUUAACAAGAGUCAACGACAGCGCACGCAGCUCACAUUGACCCCGAAAGGGUUACAAUUCUUGAAGGAACAUGGCCACGAAAAGUUGAUUCCUGAGCUGUCUGAGAAUAGGAUAAAAGACAAAAGCAAAGGAAGCGCCUUCGCGAAAACACUUGUCUGCAUCCAAGCAUCCUGGUUUUGCGUCCAGUGUCUCACACGAUUUGCGCAAGGCCUAGCAAUCAGUCUGCUCGAGCUCAACACACUCGGUCAUGCAAUUUGCACAUUGUUUAUCUAUGCGUUAUGGUGGGAUAAACCCCUCGAUAUCGUCGAGCCUGAAACGGUCUUGAUCCGCCCCAGCAUGAAGUGGGAAGAGCUGGAAAAGGCCAAGCUCAUCGCAACCAUGUGUUCUAGGAGCAGGCUGGACAAGAAGGCCGCGGAAUCGGAUCAUCUCCACUUCGAUGGUGAGAUGUUCGCUUUUCCUGUGCACUGUAGCACGAAAGAUGGGUCUGGUUAUUAUGUCGACUUGUCAAGGCAGCCCUUGAGAGAAACGCGGUAUAAACUCAAAAUAUGGAACAAAAUCCCUAAAAGGCGAAAGCGAUAUGAAGUCUACGGGGCAGGACUAAUUACAAUCGACAACCAUGGCUAUGGCUAUGACGACGGAAUCAGGCUUGGACCUUUUUUUGCCAUGAUAUUCCAUGGUGGGAUUAAUGCGAAUGUUCCUAGACUCUAUUUAACCGUCAAACAAUCUUCUGCUCUUCUUGGAAUGGUCAGAUCACGUCCUCAAGAGGAGCAUGUUUUCACCCUUGGGUCGGGUAGCGGAGGAGAAGGUGUCUGGGAUGGUGUGAAACUAACCGGACAAAGCAUACGGGAUUCGACCAAAAAGGGACCUUUCAGCGCAUUCCGUUCCCCAGAUUCUUCGCCAUAUUCUACGUCUACAAAUGAGAUGACUCGCAUCGUUAUUCAGUAUUCUGACAUUAUCAGAUGGCAAUUAGCCCUGAAAUACGCUCAGUCUCAUCGUACGAUCUUGGCACAACACAUGUACAUUGACGGAUUAAAAGACACGUUCACUGACCGGGUUCGCAAUCUGCCCCGGUUUCAAGACUACGAGAACUAUUUCGAACUCUUCAUCGGAUUCGGGUUCGUGGCUCUUAUCUACGGCGGGCUCCAUUGCGUCGCUUGGAACGCGCCGUUCACCACCAGCGUCGAACGAAUCCUCUGGAGAAUCUCGAGCAUCACCAUAGCCGCCACAGGUAUCUUGGUCGCUUGCGUGUUUAGUUGGACCAAGUUCCCGCCCUUCUGGCAGAAACCAAUUGGUACAGUCUUCGAUAUUCUCUCUGUUUUGGAAAGCAUGAACUACUACUACGACAUUUAUCAUUGGUGCAGUGGGUGUAAAGUCAGUCAUGGGCUACUUGCAUUUUUUUUGCAACAACCCUCUUAUGAGAACAACAAACUUGUCAGGAUACUCUGCCAUAUGGCAGUGUGGCUGGUCCAUUCCCCUGGAUUUUUACUGAUCGGUUUGAUAACAUUUCUCAUUUACCUUUUCAAAGCCCUGCUCGACAUAUUCACAAUUUUAUUCAUGGUGCUUUACGUCCUGGCACGCAUGUACUUGGUCGUCAUCUCGUUCAUCAACCUCGCGCACUUACCGGACUCGGCAUAUCAGUUGCCUCAGUGGUCUCGGUAUGUUCCUCACAUUGGAUAAAGGCCGGACUUAGCAAGCAAGAGAGGAUAUUCUGAGGGAAGGUCGAGGGCGAAGUUUUGAAGAUGGUCUUUUUUUAUAAAGACUCAACCACGUCGUGUUAUAAUUUGUCUGUUUUUAGCGUCUAGUACUUCUCAAAUAUAUGCAGACGAUAUAUGAC